AUGUUUAUAUUAGUGUAAGCAACUUUAUCCCCCCCUUCUCAUCGUUCACCGCUACUUUGACACUUCUGCAUUAUGAGACGUACAAUGCAUAGAAUUAAGAGGUUCUUUUCAUGCAAGGGCAAAAACCCGCCCCUGUCAUCUAACCAUAUACAACGACCCAAACCAAAAAUCACAACUUUGAGCAACGGAACGGAAGUCCCACAUUAUGUAGCUCUUGAUGCCAAUGAGAUUCUGUCAGGGGACCAUCCUCGCAUUUUGAACGACUUCGCUAAAGGCACUCUGGCAUUGGAAAAGCAGUAUUGCUCUCUGGAACUCCCUCGUUUCCUAGCUUUCGUUCAACAGACAUAUAAGGUUACCCCGGAGAUGCUCGAAACAAUUCGCAGUCCACUGCCCGAAGCGAGUACCGUUGAUCAAGUGUCUGAGCUUAUGGACCAAUGGUUCAAUAUCUUCAAUACUUGGUUUUUUGCUGGCACUCUUACGAAGACCAAAAUCAUCGUGGGAAACUUUGAAGGCGUCGAGGAGUGUGCGUUCUAUAUGUCAGAUAAAGAUACCAUUGUAAUGUUACCUGACGGUUUUAAAUUAUGCGAGCAUGCUUACCCAGGAACGCAAGCGCAAUUCCAUGUUGGUGGCCUACUUCAUGAAAUGGCUCAUGCAUUUGUCUCGCAAGCAUCUUGUCAAGGCGAAUGUUGCAGGGAGUAUGUCCACCCUUCCCUCGGGGGUGAAGGUAUUCUGGGUGGUCAUGGUCCAUGUUUCCUUGAUUCAUUUCUACUGGUCUCUGCAUUCUUCAAAAGAGUUGUAUCUUGGCAUGUGGAGGGUGUUGAAGCAAGUGUUAUCGACUCCAUGUACUUGGACGUCUGGCAACCGUCUCUGCAACAGUUGAAAGAUUGGGAUGUAGAUACGGACUUAUUCGGCGAUCCUGAAAUAUGGUUCUUUCUGGAGGAGCGACAAGACUUGAUAAUUGAAUCCCGGAAACUGAGAAAUAGAGUCGGUGACGGCGGCACCAUUGAGCUCGUCCCCAAAGCCUAG